AUGUCUGACAUUUAGCAAGGACAAAUAGUGGCCAAUUUAUACAAAGUUCUAAAACUACUUUCUUAAGGUUCUUUUGGGAAGGUAUAUCUGGGGAGAAACUUAUAAACUCGAGAGAAUGUAGCUAUAAAAGUGGAAAAAUAGUAAAUAGAGGUACAUCUUUUAGAAAUAUUUUAGAUAGACAUUUUAAUUGAACUGCAAGGAGUCCAAGGAGUCCCAGAAUUAAUUUGGUUUGGGGAACAAAAUGGUUUAUAAAUAAUGAUUACGAAUAUGCUGGGAUUUGAUUUGAUGCACUUUUUGAAAAAACAUAAAAAAUUUACUAUGGAUUGCGUCUACAAUAUUGCAUAUCAAAUGUUGGAGAUUUUAGAAAAAUCACAUGAGCUAAAUAUCAUUCAUAGAGAUUUGAAACCAGAGAACAUUUUAGGAAGAGUUAAUAGUAAUCAAAUACAUUUAAUUGAUUUCGGAAUAGCCAAAGAUUUAACAAAAAAGUCUAAAUUUACUAAUUAAAAAAUCCCAUUCAUCGGAACGAGUAGAUAUGCAAGUAUAUCAGCUCAUUUUGGAGAAGAAUAAAGCAGAAAAGAUGAUUUGGAAGCUUUAGGAUAUGUCCUUAUAUAUUUGAUUAAGUAAGAGUUACCAUGGAUGAAAUGUGAGAAAAUAUAAGAGAAUCGCUUAAUGAAAAUUGGAUAAUUGAAGAAAAACAUUCCUUUAGAAAAACUUUGUGAAGGAUGUCCUUCCCAGAUUCUGAAUUACAUGAAGUAAAUCCAGAAUUUGACAUCACAAUAAAUUCCAAAUUAUCGAAAGCUAAAAGGGCUGUUUGAAAAUAAUCCUCUGCAUAUAAAAUGGUUUAUUUUUGAUUGGUACAAAGGUCAUUAUAAAAAUUAUAAAACCAAACAAGAAUGGAAAGUAAAUCAGUAACAAAACAAGAAAUAUGAUAGCGCUUAAUAAAUCUAAAUCUAAUCGUCAAUAGAAAAAACCCCAUCUAAAGCAUCUCGAAUAAAUAGAUCAACUACAAUGAAUGGCAACUCUAAUCCCUCUUCUUAAUUAAAUAGUAUGGAAUCUUAUAAUAAAAGACGAUCAAUCAAGAGUACAGACAGCAUUUAUGUUGAUUUUGUGAAUUCUGAUUCUUACUUUCUUUCUAAGAAAACUUACAGCAAAGAUAAAACUGCUAAUCAUUUUUCUGAGGUUGAUGAAUUCAUGCCACUCAGGGAUCAACUCUAACUUAUGCAAUUAGAAAAUUAGGAUCUUGAGGUGAAGCAUAAAUUACUGCAUUAUCGUUCUGUAAACUUCAAUUUCAAGAAUCCUAUAUAAAGAUAUCUUUAGUUCUAAAUCAAUUGA